AUGAAUGACUCACGCCUUUCACUAGAAUCCAUCAAGGGCAAGCAGCCCAGCUCUGACCCAGAACGCGAAGAGAAGCUCUUCGCCAUCCUCAACAACGUGCUACAGCCAAACCAAUUCCUCAACCCGACCGAGGCAGCGACGAAAAUCGACGAUCUGGCACCAAAGUUCCAGGAAACCGACAGGGACGAUGGAAAGAGGGAGCUGGACAUUGAAAACUUUAUGGCGCAGCUCUGGGGCUUGCUCUUUGGGACGAUGCAGUUAGUGCCUCGCGAGCAUCCAGGCCAGGCGCGGGCGAUUUCCCUGCUGAGUGCGCUGUGCCAGGUCGGGGGCGAUUUGGGGGUCAAGGCAGAGAAUGGGCCUUUGCGAUGGAGACAUCUGCCCUGUCUUACUCAAUAUCUGAUACAAGAUUUCUGGCGUUGGAGAACCUCUUUCGCCGAGCAGGAGUGGAUUAACUUGAACUCCUUCGCAGCACGACUCCUGCAGAGCGGCCUCUUCGAUGCGGAAAACGGGGUCUCGGACUUGGAAUUGCUUGCCUCAAAUCAAUUCGGGAAACUAGAUGGAGACUACGCGCAGGAAGAUGAGGGCGAUCUGGCGCUGCUAGAAGAAUGGAUUUCCCAUGCCGGCGCGACGAUACUGCAAACGGCGCGCAGGAAUUCCCUCGAGGCCAAUGCGACUAACCCAGGGCGCUUUACUCGGUCCAGAGAGAACGUGCUGAGCAUCGCGGACUGGGAGCGCUGGCAGCGACGCCUUCUUGAGCUGGGGGUAGAUGCUGAUUGCGACCUCUCACCGCGUUGUCUGAUGUUGGCGCACAAGAUGGAGCUGCUGGAGAGAUAA